UUCAAAGAAUAGUUGUCCAUACAUUUCUAACAGUAUGUACAUGCCAAGGGCUGUCAAAAUCAUACAAGGUAUUGCACUCCUGUUAACAAUAUUGAGAGAAUAUUUUUAACACUGAAUGCAUAAUGAUGUAUAUUUUUGUCAAAACUGUUGUUGACUCUGUGUAACACAGUAGUACAGUGUAAAAAACGGUGAACACCCAGUAAGCUUUUUUACUUACACCCAGUAAGUAAGUUGUUCUUGACUGUGGCUGGUGGCCAUUAAUUUUGUGCCAACACUAGUAAACUAACGUACAAGCACUGAAAGCAAAAUAAUAUGAGUAUCUAAAUGUAAGGACAGUACUCUGUGCUAUAAGUUGAUUGUUCUUUGCUUCCAUUUAUUAUUUUUGGCAUAUAUUGCUAUUGCAUUUUGACUUCUGGAAUUUAUUAUUUUUCACUCAGUGUGGUAGGAAGAUCUUCUCAGCAGCAGAUAUCACCAACAUGGAAUUGCAGUCACUGCAUUUCUGACACUGGUAACGGAAAUAGGAUUUGUAUCUUUAUGUUAAACCUCUGACUCAAAUUUACAUCAUUUAGCAGACACAUUUAUCCAAGUGACUUAAAAAUGCUUUGUAGUCGCCAUCAAAAAAAAAACAAAAACAAACAAAAAAAACAUCCUCAUGCUAGUAUACAUAGGUCAGGGUUUAAACCAGUGUUAGAGAAGAGUUAUUGGUUCAGUGAGAUACUAACUAGAAGGUUGGGAGUUUAAAUCCCAGCACUGUAAAGUUGCCACUGUUGGGUCCUUGAACAAGACCCUUAACUGCUCCUCUCUUAAUUGUACACUGAUCAGCCAUAACAUUAAAAUCACUGACAGGUGAAGUGAAUCACAUUGAUUAUCUCGUUACACUGGCACCUGUCAAGGGGUGGGAUAUAUUAGGCAGCAAGUGAACAGUCAGUGAACUGGCGACAGGUUCAUGGGCACCCAAGACUCACUGAUGCACAUGGGGAGUGAAGUUAGUCUUCUAACUGCUGCCUGGAUGUGAGAAGAAGCUCAGGAUGGCAUGCCCGGUGUCCAUCAUCUGUCGGGCUCUCCGCACUGUAGGCUUGGUCCUUUUCUUCUAUGUCUUCUCCAUCGGGAUCACUUUCUACAACAAGUGGCUUAUGAAGGACUUCCAUUAUCCUUUGUUCAUGACCCUCUUCCACCUCAUCAUCAUAUUUUGCUUGUCUUCGAUGACACGGUGUGCCAUGCAGUGCUGGACACGGAAGCCUAGAGUCACUCUAAGCUGGAAGGUCUACUUUUACAAGGUGGCACCAACAGCACUGGCAACUGCUUUGGACAUUGGACUAUCCAAUUGGAGCUUCCUUUUCAUCACUAUCAGUCUAUACACAAUGACCAAGUCCUCUGCUGUGCUCUUCAUUCUCUUUUUCUCCCUGCUCUUCAAAUUGGAGGAACCGAACCCAUUCCUGAUCCUGGUAGUGCUGCUGAUAGCUGGGGGAUUAUUCAUGUUUACACUUAAGUCAACGCAGUUUAACCUGGAGGGCUUUAUCAUGGUCCUGCUGGCCUCCUUUAUCGGAGGGAUCCGCUGGACCCUCACACAGCUCCUCAUGCAGAAAGCAGAGCUCGGGCUCCAGAACCCUAUAGACACCAUGUAUCACCUGCAGCCACUCAUGUUCAUGGGGCUGUUUCCUCUUUUCGUGUUCAAUGAAGGGCUGAGUCUGAGUACCACAGAGAAGCUGUUCCGGGUGAAUGAGCUCCAUCCGCUGCUCUACUCUCUCCUGGCUCUGUUCGUGGGAGGCUUGCUGGCCUUUGGGCUCGGUUUCUCCGAGUUCCUGCUUGUCUCCCGCACCUCCAGCCUCACGCUCUCCAUCGCAGGCAUAUUUAAGGAGGUGUGCACUUUGCUGCUUGCAGUAGAAUUUAUGGGAGACAAAAUGAGCACAGUGAACUGGUUGGGGUUUGUCGUUUGUCUGUCGGGUAUCUCACUACACGUGGGUCUCAAGACAUACUACAGCAAAGGUUUGGUGCUCCGGUGUUCUUUUGGUCUUCUCUCACGUCUUCCUGUCUAUCCAUGUCCAAUGUCGGUCCUUGUUGGGAUAAUUCUUCUAAUACUGGCCUCUGAGGUUUCUACUCAAGGCCGAUUAAAGCUGACGGUUUUGUCAGAGGACCGGCUCCAGAUGAAAUGGAAGGAGGCUGAGGGGCCAGUGCAAGGCUACAAAGUCAGAGUUCGACCGAUCUCAGACGUUCCUCAGCCGGAGCUGAUGUUGACCACAACACGUGGUCGGGCCACUGUGGCAGGCCUCGACUCCACACAGGAGUACCUGCUACAAGUGCUGGUGCUUAAUGGAACUGUGGAGAAACUCAUUGCUAAAAGACGCUUCACAAUUGAUGUGCUGCGGGAGGAGGAGGAGGCCCGCAGUGGAAACCCAAAGCACAAGAGGAAGGUCCAGGCGGUGGGCUCAGGCUCUGGCGAGAUGGACGAUGCCACUGAGGUUCUGGAGUCACUGCCCACUGUUCUCUACCAGGAGCCAACUACAAGAGAACCUCCUACUAUUGCUGAUCAAGAGGAACAAGAGGUCGAAAAGGGCAAAGAUAAGAAAAAAAAGAAGAAAGACAAAAACCGUACAAAGACAAAGGAUGAGAAGGUUGAAAGCAGAGGUAAACCUGCAGAGGAGGAGCACAAAGUGAGAAAAACCACCCCAGUUACAGCUGGAUCCUCUCACAAGCCAUUCGAGUGCAGGACCGGGGUGCAGGCUGAUCUCGUCCUGCUGGUAGAUGGCUCCUGGAGUAUUGGACGUACUAACUUCAAGAAGGUGCGGGAGUUCCUGGAGGGCCUGGUCACUCCCUUCCACAUCGGCCCAUAUGGAGUGCAAAUUGCCCUGUCCCAGUACAGUGGAGACCCUCGCACUGAGUGGCAGCUUAAUAACUUCACAUCCAAAGAGCAGCUCCUUGACGCUGUCCGAAACUUCAGAUACAAGGGAGGGAACACCUUCACAGGUCAGGCUCUUAUUCAUGUCCUAGAGGAGAAUUUGAAGGAAGAGGUCGGGGCCAGGUCAGAUACCCCACAAUUUCUGCUGCUAUUGACUGAUGGUAAAUCUCAGGAUGAUGCCGUUGCUGCAGCCAGUAGGCUGAAGAAUGCAGGAGUGGAGAUCAUCGCUGUAGGCGUAAAGAAUGCAGAUGAGGCCGAGCUGAAACAGGUAGCAUCUGAGCCUCUGGAGCUGAAUGUGUACAAUGUGAACGAUUUCCCUCUACUCACUAAACUGGUUGGCCGACUGGUACGCAUCCUGUGUGGGAAAAUGGAGGAGCGCAGUAAAACAAGACGUGCGCAUCCCACUGAAGACCCAGGGCUGUCUUACCCAAGUCCCACAGACUUGAGAUACUCUGAGCUUGGUCCCAAAGAGGUGCGUUUGAGCUGGACGAAUCCAGGCAGAGCGGUGCAGCAGUACAGGGUGGUGUUCCACAGCAGUGAGGGACAGAGCCCACAGGAGGUGGUGGUGAAGGGGUCAAACUCCACAGUGAUGCUGACCGGACUGUCCUCACAGACACAGUACCAUGUGUCAGUUUUUCCUGUAUAUGAGGACAAUGUGGGCUCUCCGUUGAGAGGCAUCUUCACUACAUCAAUGCUGGCCAUGCCUGAGUCUCUGGAGGUCACUGCGUCCUCUCCCAGCAGUCUCCGGGUGCGCUGGAGGCCUGCUCAUGGAGCUACUCAGUACAUGGCCCUCUACUCAGCUCUCAAUGAUGGAGAGCCUGAUGAUGCUCGAGAGGUGAAGUUUAGAGCUGAUGAGACUGAUGUAGAGCUGCGAGAUCUGAUGCCUUCUACAGACUACUCUGUCACUGUGUACGCUUUGUACGAAGAUGAGCCAAGUGAUCCCGUCACCGCUAUCGCUACCACAUUUCCACUACCAUCUCCUCUUAGUCUGCAGUUCCCAAUGGUCAGUCACAGCACUCUUAAGGUCACAUGGGUGCCUGGGGCAGUUGAUGUUCCUGCCCAUCGUGUCACCUACAGCACAAAUCAUGGGAGUGAUGUCAAACAGGUGGAGGUGGCAGGUGUGAACACAGUCCUACUGCAGAAUCUUUCCUCUCUGUCCAAGUAUCUGGUGUCUGUGCAGUCCCUCUAUGUAAAAGGACUGUCUAGUCCUCUCACUGGUAACAUCACUACAUUAAGGGUGCCUGCUCCAUCUGAGCUUCGGGUCACUAACUACUCUGAGAACACUCUAACAGUACGCUGGGAGCCGGCUGCGGAUGAUGUGACCUCCUACCUGAUUAAAUGGAUCUCUCUGAGUGGAGGAGACCUGAGACAGCUGAAAGUGGAUGGGGAGAGUGAAGGAGCCACACUGGAGGGUGUUGAGGAUGAUAAAGAGUAUCAGAUCUCACUGUCUGCCCUCUACGCUGAUGGAGCACAAAGUGAGGCUGUGGCUAUAAGAUACAGUACCUUGUAUGGGGGAGGUCCCACGAGUGUGUCCAUCUCUGAAGAGACUGCAGUCAGUAUGCUGGUCAGCUGGGUUCCUCCUAAUGCUCAUGUGCUGCAGUACCACGUGUCCUACACUCCUUUAACCGGAGACGCACGGGAGAACAAAGUGUUGUUGCCAGGCAGUGAAAGACGAGUGCUUCUGCAGUCUCUUCUCCCUGACACUCGGUACAGCGUGCUGGUUACUGCUGAAUACCGCAACAGAGAGGGAGGCAGUGCCUCAGCACAGGGCAAAACCACUAGUCUACGUGUGAGCAGUGUGAGCGUGGUUCGGUCUGAUCACUCAAGUAUCUGUGUGUCCUGGAGGCCAGUAGCAGCAGUCACUGCUUACCACAUAGUCAUCCAGGCUCUCAGAGAUAAGCAGAAAAAGGAGGAAACAGUAGAAUCUACCAGCAGCAGUCACUGUUUCUAUGAGCUACAGCCAGAGACGGUGUAUCGGAUAAGCGUGCACUCCCGCCUGGAAACAGUAGAGAGCACUGCUGUCACUAUUCUCCAUCCCACAGCUGCGGCACCAUUAAGAGCACAAGUUCCUCCAAGACUACAUCCCAUACAAAAAGAAAUGUGUCCUGAGAUGACUAUCAGGAAUAGUGUGAUUAAAGGCUUUAACAUGAUGGAGGCAUUUGGUCUGACUCAGAGAGCCCACUCCACUGUGGAGGGUGUUUCAGUGGAGCCUUUUAUCUUCAGCACUAUUCCCAGCUACACCCUCUACAGAGACGUUCAGCUGACCCAAAGCACAGGCUUUAUCCAUCCAGCAGGCUUUUCUCCAGAGCACACUAUCAGCGUGGCCUUCCGUCUGCUGCAGGACUCGCCCAAGGAGCCCUUUGCUCUCUGGCAGCUCACUGACAACGAUUUCCAGCCCAAAAUGGGGGUGGUGCUGGACCCUGAAAGGAAAGUGUUGCUCUACUUCAGUCUGGACUACAGGGGAGAGGUUCAGGAGCUUACUUUUGACCAGCCACAAGUCCACACUCUCUUUUACGGCAGCUUUCACAAGAUUCACCUGUCCAUUAGUCAGGUGAGUGUAUCCCUGUCAGUGGACUGCCAGAGGGUUGGUGAGAGACCUGCCCGUCCCCUAGGAAACAUACCCACUGACGGCUUCGAGAUGCUGGGCAAGCUAGUGAGGACUCGAGGGCCACGCAGUGGCUCUGCUGCUUUCCAGCUGCAGUCAUUUGAGAUCAUAUGUAACAUCACCUGGGCCUUAGAGGACACAUGCUGUGAUCUGCCUGCUCACAGAGAUGAGGAGAGCUGCCCAGCUCUUCCAAACACAUGCACCUGCACUUCCAACAUCCCAGGAGCCCCUGGGGAUACAGGAUUGCCUGGGAAACCUGGUCCUCGUGGGCAGAAGGGGGAAAAAGGAGAGGGAGGCCAAAAGGGUGAAAUGGGGCCCCCUGGCAAAGCUGGACCAGAGGGCGGCUUAGGUCCUCAGGGGUCCUUGGGCCCUCGUGGUAUAACAGUGAUGGGAAAAAUAGGGCCUCCAGGAAUUCGGGGAGAGAAAGGUGAAAUGGGUAGGCCUGGGAACCAGGGUUUGCCAGGACCACCUGGCCCAAAAGGAGAAGUCGGAAAUCCAGGACCAAAGGGAACCAGAGGUGUAGAGGGUAAUAUAGGACCCCCAGGGACUACAGGGCCAAGGGGCUUCCAGGGUAUACCAGGCCAUCCAGGACCUGUCGGAGAAAGGGGGCUGCUAGGACCUGUAGGGCCCUCAGGACUUCCUGGGAUUAAAGGUGAGAGAGGAGAGAAGGGAGAGCCACAGUCUCUUGCCAUCAUCUACGACCUUGUCAGUCAGGCCUGUGAAAAGCUAGUGCACGACGAAGUGCUUAAGUUAGAUGCCUUUCUAAAUGAGAUUCGUCGGAAUCCUGUGCCCGUUGAGGAGCCUGUUGGACCUCCAGGCGAGCCUGGAAUCCCAGGUGGUAAAGGACCCCCAGGACCCAGAGGUCCUCCGGGGCGACAAGGAAAUAGAGGGGAUCCAGGCAGACCAGGGUAUCCUGGUGAGCAGGGACGCAGGGGUUUGCCUGGUGAGAAAGGAGAGCCAGGCUCUAAUGUCCAGGGACCACCAGGAAUAAAGGGUUUUUCAGGAACUCCAGGAGAAAGCAAGAUGGGGACACAAGGCCCUCGAGGUGAAGAUGGUAAACCAGGUAUCCCUGGCAUUCCCGGAGCUAUAGGACAGCCAGGUGAGAUUGGCCCCCCUGGUGUGUGCGACAGCAGCGGCUGCCAUCGAGGCCCUUCACCUGCAGAGGAUCCAUACUAUGGAUACCAACCUUGAUCCAAACAUAAGGACUAUCUAAGCAGUUACCAUCAGAGAGCAACUUUCACCAAAUAUUAUAGAGGCACUUCAGGAUGUCAUAUUCAGAUGGAUCUCCAUGCAAAGGACAUGUUUUAUCAUAUUUAUAAACAUGACUGGAACUUCCUCAAUGCGUGAGCCUUCAGACUGGCUCUUCUUUUUUUUAAAUGAGAUCUUCAUAAUCUUUGAUCGUCCUUUGUUCCAUAUACAGGCAUUUUACGCCUGUUUUAUUUUAAUAUUUUCUCUUCUUUCUCUAAUCUUCUGGACAUAACCAUUGCCAUGGAUCACAAGACAAAAAUUCUUGAGCAGGACUCAUUAUGUGCUACAAGGCGGAGAUGCCAUUUGUGUCAUAUGGGGAAUUUACUACAAAAAUGCCAAUUUCGCACUGAGAAUGUUUUUGGCUGGUAUUUUACCAAUACUGUGGUUUAUUUUGUUGUAUUUAUGCACUACACUGUGUGUGUUUUUUUACUGAUAUGUUGUUGAAGGCAUAUUAAUACUAUCACCUGUUUGCGUACUGAUUUUAACUGCCUCAAAAUAAUUUUGUAACUAAACGGAAUUGUAUGAAAUAAUCAUGAAACAAGACUGUGAUAAAUUUGUGAUGUCUUACUGAUCUGCAUAAGGCCUAUUUUACUUGAUAGUGUCUAAAAUUCUUUUAGCACAGUUAACACUAUGUAUAUUCGUUCUAAUGCCAUAUUACUGUUUAAAUAGUAAUAUUUCUAUCUAAAAUCUCUCCUACAGUGUGUGUGUAUAUUUGUGUGUAGAAAUGAGCAUAAGUAAAUCACUGUCUAUGAAACAAAACUAUAUUUUAAAUAAUAAAAAUAUUUCUACUA